AUAGGUUGUCUGUGUGAAGUCAUUGUUACCAUGGCAUGGAGUUCCAACAGCACCAAGCUGGACAACACCACCUUGUCCCUGUUCCAGAACGUGACAGCCAGUACAGCAAUCUCCAUCAUCUAUAUUGUGGUCACCAUCAUCAACCUGGUAGGAAACAGCCUCUCCAUGUGGCUCCUCCUCUUCCAUACCUCUCCCAAAACUCCCUCCAUCAUCUUCAUGAUAAACCUGACCCUGACUGACCUGACCUUGGGCCUCGUCCUGCCCUUCCAGAUCAUGUAUCAGUUGCAGGGGUAUAAUUGGAGCCUGGGCCCGGGCAUGUGCAGGCUCUUGACCCUGGUGUUCUUUGCCAACAUGUACUGCUCAAUUCUAACUAUGACCGCCAUCAGCGGAGACCGCUACCUGGGCAUCUGCCGGCCCAUGCUCUUCUGUGAGACCAGGGAAAGGAAGUCAUUCGCUGUGCUUGUCUGCUUAGCCAUGUGGAUAGUCGUCCUAUUAGUCCUGUACCCACUCACUAUAACCGACCUGACGUUCCACGUUCCAGAACUCAGGAUUACCACCUGCUUCGACGUUCUAAAAAGGGACAUGCUUCCAUCCAUGGUGGCCUGGGCUGCCUUCCUCCUUGCACUGUUUGUCAUCCUCUUCCUCAUCCCGUUCUGCAUCACUGUUUUCUGCUACAUCAGCAUCAUCCGCAAGCUGGCCCGAGACUCCAAGACCAAACAGAAGGAUAAGGCUAUAGGUCUCGCCGUCACUGUCCUAACGGUCUUUACGCUCUGCUUCACUCCCAACAACAUCCUCCUACUGGCUCACACCAUCCGGAGGCUCUUCUAUGGGGAGUCCUUGUACAUGGCCUACAAGCUGACUCUCUCCCUCAGUUGCUUCAACAGCUGCCUGGACCCCUUCAUCUACUACUUUGCCUGUAGGGAGUUCCGGAAGAAGUUGAGGCAGAUGCUAAGGCUGAGAACACUGAGCAGUCUGGACACGGGGAAGACAGACCUGCACAGAGAGAGCCUGUACUCCGCCCAGUAUGUAUCUGAUGGACAGGGUGGAGAGAACAGCAGAGUGUCUGUUAAACAACACUGUUAAAAAACAGAGAGAGGGCCUUCCGAGUGGCGCAGCAGUCCAAGGCACUGCAUCGCAGUGUUAGAGGCGUCAUUACAGACCGGGGUU